GAGUGAUCGGUUAAGGACAAAAUUGACAACGAUUCACUAAAAAUUGCCACUUGUCAAAAUGGCAUUCGGGUUGUAUUCGCUCAUAGAGGCAAUUAUACUCUGUUUAAAUGCAGUAUGUGUGCUUCACGAAGAAAGAUUUCUAGCUAAAAUUGGCCGGGGUACAGACCAGAGGGGUUUUGGUGAAAAUCCUAGCAUGAAAACACAAAUACUUAACUUGAUACGCUCUAUAAGAACUGUGAUGAGAAUACCUCUGAUUGGAAUAAAUAUCCUGGUAAUUGGAUUUAAAUUGAUUCUUGGAUAACAGGACCUACAACUUUGUAACCAUGGAAUAGAGAAACAUUCUGGUAACGUACAAAAUCCGAAUGUUUACACCACUGUGACCAGUAAGUGUUAGGAACCAUAAAGAACAUAUGCCAUAGAUUUGAUAGAGACACACACAUCAGAACUGAUUCAGUACUACAGACGUGAUAUAGAACAGCUUUACUCCUGUGGCACUGGUGUAUACCUGGACAACAUCUGUGAUGUGCAGAAAUGUCCAUUCAGACGUCACUUUCCUCGAGUUAACCUUACUACAGCUACGGAAUAGUGCUUCAAGUUAAUGGGAUAAAGUUUGGCUGUAUUGUACCUUCAUGGGUAUAGACACAACCAGACAGUCGAUGUAACAGCUACACAGUAAAUAUAACAGCUACACAGUAAAUAUAACAGCUACACAGUAAAUAUAACAGCUACACAGUAAAUGUAACUGAUAUACAGUAAAUAAAACAGCUACACAGUAAAUAUAACAUCUACACAGUAAAUAUAACUGAUAUACAGUAAAUAUAACAUAUACACAGUAAAUAUAACAUCUACACAGUAAAUUUAACAUGUACACAGUAAAUAUAACAUCUACACCGUAAUAUAACAUCUACACAGUAAAUAUAACAUCUACACAAUAAAUAUAACAUUUACACAGUAAAUAUAACUCAUAUACAGUAAAUAUAACUCAUAUACAGUAAAUAUAACUGCUACACAGUAAAUAUAAUUGAUAUAGUAAACAUAACUGAUAUACAGGAAUUAUAACUGCUACACAGUAAAUAUAACUGAUAUACAGUAAAUAUAACAGCUACACCAUAAAUAUUACUGCUAUAAACAGUCAAUAUAGCUGCUACACAGUAAAUAUAACAGCUACACAGGAAUUAUAACUGCUACACAGUCAAUAUAACAGCUACACAGUAAAUAUUACAGCUACACAGUAUAUAAUUAUAUGACUGCUACACAGUAAAUAUAACAGCUACACAGUAAAUAUAACAGCUACACAGUAAAUAUAACUGCUAAACAGUAAAUAUAACAGCUACACAGUAUAUAUAACAUCUACACAGUAAAUAUGAAGGUACCUUGAUUAAGUAAAGAUAUCCAGAUAGAGCUGUUUUCAAAUUGGAAUUGUUUUGUGAUAUGGGAACAAAAGCUCUAUGCAAAUUUCAAGUUUAUUCCUGGUCAAGUUCUACUACAUUUAUUUUUUGAGAGAACAUCUAAUUACAAUGUACUGCAGUUAAAUACAUGUACACGUCCUUAUCAAACCUACUUUGUUGUUAUUAUGUAUAUAAGAAUAUGUGUGAGAUAUGUAGUCAAAUGAGAGAUGUUGAAAUGAGUGAAGAAAAACAAUUAUAGUCAUCAUCACUCAGUUAUUUAACAACUGUGUUUCACUUGACAUCUGCAAAUUGAUGUAAGGAAAUGCUUUACUUGUUCUGUAAUUUUAAUCCAUACUUACAGUAGUAGAGCGAUGUGACUGAAAUGGAGGGGGGAGGGUCCUGAACCACUUCAAGUCCCCACGAUUCGCCACUGAAUUUUACAAGAGUGCAAAGGAAAUGGAUCUAGUUAAGGGGAAGUCAGCUUAUAGGGGAAGAGGUGGAGGAUUGUUUAAAGGGAACUCCUCAGAUACUUUCAUGCUGGGAUUUGUAUAAACAUUAGGAUACAAUUUUAAUCAGAAUUAUGUGAAAGUUACAAAAUGCAUUCAGGUAUCCCUAACAGAGCCCCUUAUAUAAGGAUAUGUUAUGUAUUCAGGUAUCCCCAAGGGAGGCCCCCUAUAUAAGAAUAUGUAUAAAAGAUACCAUGACAUUCAUCUUUUUGGAGAAAAAAUCCUAAAUCCGAAAAUUUGUUGGUUUUUUUAACAGUAAAAGGGAGCUUGUUAAGUACUGUAUACAAAUUAAAUCACAGCAGUAAUUAUGAACAUCACUGGUAAACUUUGGUAAUUACAAGGAAACGAGGGCAGUCUCUUUUUUUAUCAGAAAAUGUUAUCCACAUGUUUUGUUUUUUAAAUUUGUUCUAAAUAACUUAUUGAUUAUAAAAAAUUACUCCUCGAUAAAUUACAUGUAGCUGAGAGUUGAAUAAUUGUGUUAGGUGAUCGAUGACUUGGUAACUGUGUUACCUAAGCCGUUGGCUGUGUGUGAAUGUUACAUUAAAAUCAUCUCUUAACGUGGUGCCAUUAUAAUGGGAUGGAAGUGAUAUUUGUAUAAUCAUUAGUCAAAGAUGACGUGGAAGAAACUGUUCAUACCAUCCAUUAAAAAAAGACUCAGUUACGUGCAGUUCAAAAAAGUAUUUUGUUUGGUAAAUAAACUUACUGAAAUAUA